GAUCACGCACUGUAUACUCACACUAGCAAAGUCAAACAUAAUGGGAGCGUGGCACCAGUGACACUGUGACCAGUGAGCUGAGGGUGUGAGCGCUGCUGUUGGAGGAACAGGUUGUUAAACUGUGGAACAGGCUUAUGGCCGGGUGGAGGAAUAACUGUGAUGACGUUUCCUUUUCCAGUUUGACGGCUGUUCACUCAUUCAAACCACGGGAGAGUCGCUGCUCCACCGAGGACACGACACCAGACUCACCAGGAAGCUCCUUCCAUAAUGGCCGCCGCCUCAGGCACCAUGUUGCCAGAGAAACAGUUCCAGUGCCCGAUCUGUCACCAGGUGUUCACCGACCCGGUCACCACUCCCUGUGGACACAACUUCUGCCAGGCCUGCAUCCAGAGCGCGUGGGACGGCAUGGACGUCUGCCAGUGUCCCACCUGCGACAGGUCCUUCAGCCCCCGGCCUGAGACCAGCAUCAACUCAGCCUUCAAGGAGCUGGCGGACACGCUGAGGAGCAUGGUGGUCUGCUCCUCGGCCCAGCCCGGUGAGGUGGUGUGCGACGUCUGUGCCACCACGUCCCUGCAGGUGAGGGCCCUGAAGUCCUGUCUGGUGUGUCUCACGUCUUACUGCGCCGCCCACCUGGAGCCGCACCAGAGGGUCUCCACCCUGAAGAUGCACAAGCUGAUCGAGCCGGUGAAGAACCUGCAGGACCGGAUGUGCAAGAAGCACGAGAGGCUGCUGGAGAUGUUCUGCAGGGACGAGCAGAAGUGUGUGUGUCUCUUCUGCACCGAGACGGAGCACAAGGGUCACCAGGCCGUCUCCAUAGAGGACGAGAGCCGGGAGAGGAAGGUCCAGAUGAAGAAGAGCGAGGCAGAUUUUCAGCAGAUGAUCCGGGAGCGUCUGAAGAAAGUAGAGGAGAUAAAGAGCUGCCUGAAGCUCAGUGCAGCGAGUGCCGAGAGGGAGAAGAAGGACAGUGACCGUCUCUUCUCGUCUCUGAUCCGCUUCGUCCAGGAGAGACAAGCUGAGGUCUCCACGGAUGUCGAGGAGAAGCAGGGGGCGGCCGAGAGGAGGGCGGAGGAGCUGGUCACCGAGCUGCAGCAGGAGGUCACUGAGCUUCGGAGGAGAACCACCGAGCUGGAGGAGCUGGGGAACUCUGAGGACCAUCUGCACGUCCUGCAGAGGCUUCCCUCUCUCACGUCGCCUCCACCUUCCAGACAGUGGACGGAGACCAGCGUCCACCCGGAGCUCUGCGUGGGGACGGUGAGGAGAGCGCUGUCCAAGGUGGGACACACCCUGAAGAACGAGCUGGACGGCCUGAAGAGACAAGAGAUGAAAAGGAUGCAGAAAUAUGCAGUGGAGGUGGUGUUGGACCCGGACACCGCCCACCCCAACAUCGUACUGUCGGCUGACGGGAAGCGGGCGGGCCGUGGAGAGCUGCUGCACGUGGUCCCUGAUAACCCCCAACGGUUCGAUCCCGUGAUCUGCGUCCUGAGCAGGAGCGGCUUCCUGUCCGGGAGGUUCUACUACCAGGUAGAGGUGGGGACAAAGACCUUCUGGGACCUGGGCGUGGUCAAGGAGUCCGUCAACAGGAAGGGGAUGAUCACGUCCAAGCCCGAGAACGGCUACUGGACGGUGCGGAUGAGGAACGGGGACGAGUACCGGGCUCUGGACUCCCCCUCGGUCCACCUGUCCCUCAGGGAGAAGCCUCAGACUGUCGGGGUGUUCACGGACUACGAGGCGGGGACGGUGUCCUUCUUCAACGUGGACAACGGGUCUCACAUCUACAGCUUCACCGGGUGUCUGUGGUCCGAGAGGAUCUUCCCCUUCUUCAGCCCCGGUGUCUGUGAUGAAGGGAGGAACACGGCGGCGCUGGUCAUCACCACCGUCAACCCUGAGACUUAGAGGACGAGUCCCCCGCCGCUCUGAGGCUGGAGAUGAUUCAGAAAUUAUUCAAUCUUUGAAAAUAUGAUGAAACUUUGAACCUUUAAAGCAGCAGCUUGAUUAGAGUGAGUCUGAUGUGUGAGAGUGAACAAGGAGAAGUCUCAAACUGUCACAACCAGCUGCAGCUGAAGAGUGAAGCUGAACUGAGAUCAGUUAAAAACACGGAUUUCAGUUGUGUUGCUUUAAAAGUUUAAGUCUUGUUUUACAGCUCAUCAGCACUUCUCAAAGAUUCUGUCCCAGAUUCACAAAUCCUGUGAUUUAAUAGUAAACUUCUGAGGAAUAUAUGAAUAAAAUUACUAUUAAAAAAACAUCUUUACAUUUCCAUUUUAUAUAAACUAAAUCACACUCAUUGCUCCGUCAUGUUUUUAUCAACUCAAACUCUUUAUAUUUUCCUUUAUCCCGUGUUGAGCCUGUCGAUUUUAAAGGAACAUGGACGACAUGACAGCUCUGGUUCACAUGCAGAUUGUGUUUAUAGAGAUCAGACGACAAACAACACACAUCACCAGGUCACGUUCUCGUCUCCUCGCCCAAGUGUUCUCCUUUUUACUUCAUUCAGCGUUACAUGGUACAGAGGGAGACAAAUAAAUACAGACAGAACGGAAGAGCUGUGGGGGGGGGGGGGUCAAAGGACAACAGUGAACUCCUAAGUCCUGAAGUGAAAAAAAGAACCUCAUCCUAUGGAGAAUAAUGGCAACUGUGUUUUUACAGUAAGUCAAGUUAAAGUCCCCAAAAACACAAACCCACGAGUGACAGGUGUGUAGAGAGAGAAAGACAAAGUGAGGGGCCCCUCAAACAACGACAGGAACACAGUGAAAUCAUUAAAAAGAAUACAAAAAACUUG